AUGAAUGUGUCAACUUGCAUCCAGCUGGUGAAGUCUUGCGGGAAUGCGCGAAAUCCCGUCCUGGCCAAACAGAUCCACGACCAAAUCCGAGGAACGCAUCACGAGAAUGAUCGUCUCGUUGCAAAUCUCUUGGUGGAGAUGUACGGAAAGUGCGGCCAAAUGCGAGAGGCAAAAGCCGCUUUUGAGAGCAUUAAAGAACCAAAUGUUUUCUCGACAACUAUUUUGCUUACUGCAUAUGCCCAAAACGGGCAUAUUGUUUCUGCAAAGUCCUUUUUUGAUCAAAUGAGCGAAAGAAAUAUAUACUCUUGGACCACACUAAUCACAUUUUUUGAAUCAUACAAGGAUUUAGAAUCGGCUCUAGAUACGUUUACUAGAAUGCCUGCCUGGAACAGUGCCACUUGGAAUUCUAUCGUAUCAGCACAUACCCAAGCUGGGCAUAUGCUUGAUUUCAUGGAUUUUGAAAAAUUCAAUUCCGAAAUUACCUGCAAUGCUUUGAUUUGGGUGUUUUUGCAGAAUGGCAACCUGGACAAGGCUCGAGAUCUAUUUGAGAGUGCGUCCCAUCGAGAUAUAGUUUCAUGGAACACACUUUUGCAAGGCUACGUGGAUUGGGAGCUCGUUGAGGAAGCAGCAAACUUGUUUGAGAGAAUGCCAGCACACAAUGCAGUGAGUUGCACGUCCGUGAUUUCUGGAUUUUCUCUUGUCGGUGAUUUUGAUCGGGGUCAAAGCGUCAUCUCGUCAAUUCUCCAAUGGGACGUUGUUGCUGUCAAUGCGAUGCUCCAGUUUCUCGCAGAGUUUGGUCUGAUCCAAGAAGCGUUUGGGGUAUUCGAAAAAUCGCCAGCACACUCAGUGGUGACGUGGACAUCCAUUGUUACGGCAUAUGCCCGCUCUGGGUAUCUUGAAAAAGCGAGGUUUCUCUUUGAAAAGAUGCCAGAGAGGAAUUGCGUGACGUGGAAUACCCUGCUGAUGUCAUAUGCCCACGCUGGGCGUGUCGACGUGGCAGAGAAGAUUCUUGGGUAUUUUCCCCAGCACAGCACCAUGGCCUGGAACUCCAUGCUCAAAGCUUACAGAGAUGCGAUGAAUCUAACAACAGCAAAAGACCUCUUUGACAAAAUGCCAUAUCGCAGCACACACUCGUGGAAUGUUAUUCUUGAUGCAUAUGCCAGGACCAAGAAUCUCGAGGAAUCUUUCAGUGUCUUUACAAGUAUGCCUCAGCACGAUGAGUUCUCCUGGUCGAUCUUGAUCUUGCUUGUGGGUGAUUCUGGAAAUGUAGGUCAAGCAAUCAAUCUUUUCAACAAAAUGCCAUAUCAAAACGUACUGUGCUGCAAUGCCGUCUUACAAGUAUAUGCCCAAACCGGGAAUAUGCUCCAGAUAUCUCGAUUCCUUUGCCAGUCGAACCUCCUUGGAAUCAGGCCGAACCAGACCACAUUUGCUUCGGUCCUUGCCGGGAUUAGCUAUGUCGGUGGCCUGGAGGAUGCCCGAAGCUGUUUUGGCAGUAUGGUCUGGGACCAUGGCAUCCCAGCUUCGGCAAUGCACUUUUGCUGCGUGGUUGACGUGCUGGGACGGGCUGGUCAGAUUAAAGAUGCCAUGGAUCUGGUGGAGAGCCUUCCGUACAAUCCCAUGGAAGUGGAAUGGACGGCAUUGCUUGGAGCUUCCAAGACGCAAGGGGAUAUUCGCACUGGUGCAUUGGUGGCAUCUAGAGUGACCGAGUUUGAUUCCCAUAACUCGGCCGCAUAUUCUCUGCUUAGUAACGUUUGCUCCUUUGCCAGCGAAAUAGAGGUAUCGAACGCUAGGUUGAUCGCUGUUACGCGGCUAUGGCGUCCAAGAGCAUUGCUUGGCGCCGCGAGUAGCGUUGCCGCGGCAGGCGAUAUUUCUCGCACCGAUGUAGCUUGGAUUGACGCAAGAUUCUUCCCUCGGUGA